AGUUUUUUUAUUGCAUAAAAGUUGGCAUCACUGACUUAGAGAUGGGAAUCAAACUCUGUACUGCGUACAGUGUACUCUCUAGCUUUGAGUGUUAGGAUGCAAUCCCGAGUUAUACUUACGAUUCCAUAUAGGCGUUACUUGUCGUACUUAUCAAGCGCAUUUAACAGCCUGGCACUGACCAAUAAAAAUGUGACUGUGGCACAACAAAAUGUAGUUAAAUUAGAUUUGGAUAUUUUUGUUAAUCAAGAUAAUAGGCAAAUUGACUUGCUGGAUAAAUUAGUGAGGCUCAGGAAGCAAAAGGAAUGCAGCAAUGUGCCGCUCUUCCCGAAUAUUUUGGUAAAUCAGCUGUUGGAUUAUACAACACCGCAGGAUGUGAUUACGGUAUUGCGUGAUCCGCUGCAAUAUGGAGUAUUCAUUGAUAAAUUUAGUGGCUGCCAUUUAAUGGAUUAUUUAAUAAACAAUGGGCAUGCCUUGGAGGCAGCACAAGUUGCGGCAUUGCUAAUUGAAAGAGAUUUAAGCAACAAUGAUCUAACUGCAGCGCUCACAUAUCGUUCAUUCUGUGAAUUUAUUAAAAACUACGAUGCGAUUGUGGCUAAGAGAGAUAAAGAAAAAGUUGCGGAGCCAUCGGAUGUGCAAAAAGUGCGGGUAAAGUUUUUGCGAAACUAUGAGGAGCAAAAGGAAAUAACUGAGGACGAUCGACUAGGUGUGGCUAUGAUCAAGUUGGGUGACAGCUCUAAUGAAUAUGCCAAAAAUAUAGCAUUAGUCGGUUUUGCUUUAGUUGGUCGGUACGCUGAGCUGGAGCAGUUUAUUAAAGUAAAUCAGCAAUUUAUCUAUAAAGAUGUUCUACGCGCAUGUGCGAUGCUAAUGUCCAAGGCAGAAAAGCCCGAGGUAAAAAAACAACUGGACGAUGCCCUUAAAGUAUCUACACGAAAUAAAGCUUUUGAUGAUGCUUUGGACGCAAACGUGCAACAGUGCGCGCAAAGUAUUGAGCCCAAACUCAUAGCGGAGUACGCCAUGGCUUAUGAGAACUGGCAGAUGAAAUACCAAAGCGCUGUAAGGGAGCAAUCACACAUAUUAGAGGUUCAAAGUCGCGUCGAGAAUGUAAAGGCGACGUUAAAUGGGUUGGAAAUAAUGCGGCAAAAGCUUUGGUUCUUCGAGAACAAAGAAGAUAUAGAUAUACAGAUUUUUAAAAAAAAAGUUUAUUAUCCCAAGCGUUGGUUUGGAAAGAAAAAGAAGCCAAAGGCUGUGGAUGCAUUGUAUGUGCCCCCAACAAUUUCGCGAGCAAAUUGAUUAACUUGAGCUCAUCAGUAA